GUCAGAAGUCCGAAAGUUCCCGAAAAUAAACCCAUAUUUCGGUUUGCCUCAUUUCUCACACCUUCUUAUUUUCCCUCCUCGCACCCUUGAUCGAUCACUAUACUGUGCUGCCAACUUGCCAAGGCAACCUUGCUACACCAAGUCCAUCACAAUGUCUCGACGACGAAGGACUCACAACACUACUAGUAGUAGUAGUAGCAGAGCUGGCAGUAAUAAUAGAGUGGAAGAAGAGCUCCCUCCAGUGCUGGUGAAUGAAGAUGGCAGUAUCUCAUUUCCCUUUGCCAGUUUGUUGGUGGGGAUUCUCUUGACCGCGUCGGGACGUUGGCUGUGGGGGAUUGCCAUUGCCGUGACGGGCUUGACGUUUGCCGCGUGUCAUUCGGCCAUGGAUCAGAUGAUUGACGAAGAAGACAAGCAAUCGAUUCGAUACAACAUUCUGAGUGCCGAAAAUGUCUUGCAAGAACUCGUUUCCCUGGAAGUCAGUAGUAGUACAUGUAGUGGUAGUAGUAGUAGUGAUGAUGAUAGUCGAGAAUGGCAGAAAUGCCGCAUUCAUUGCAUUGCUGGAUUGGAAGCCUUGGCCAAAAAGUAUGGACAGCAACAACUAAAAAAGAACAAGGACAACAGCAACAGCGACAACCAUGAUGAUGAUGAGCUGGACUUGAUGUGCCAACAAGCAGCCUAUAUUGCCUACCGUCUCUUUUCACCGAAUAGUAAUGGAGUUGUAACAACUGACCACAACAACAACCACCACGACGACCAAGUGAUUGCGGCAGCUUUGUCCUUGCAUGCUCUGGUUGCCAAGAAUCCCAUGGUACGAGAACGUCAUUUGCUACAAGCCGAUGUGUAUGGGUUGGAUCUUCCAAUACACUGCAUCCGUCAGUCCCUGAAACAACAAGCUCAUCUGGAAACCAAUCCCGAUCGAGAACACCAAUUAGCCGAACUCCAACGAAAAGGCUGUCUCUUACUCGGUGCCUUGGGAGAUGGGAAUGCUGACAUGGCCACAUUGAUUGUCCAAGAAGAUGGUUUGGAGGCCGUCUUUGACAGUGUCCAUUGGUAUCGCUAUCACGAAGAUGUAGCCAAUUGGGCGUUGUGGGCCAUUUUUAUUCUCAGUUAUGAACAUGCCCCCAACAAGGUUCGCACCAUUGAAUUGGGCGGUGUCUCCCUCAUUCUUCAGACCAUGAAACAUGUUCCCGAUAGUCUGGAAGUGGCCCGUCACGGGGUCGCUAUUUUGUUUGAUCUCCUGCGGGAUAAUAAUGAGGAACAUUUGGAUGUGUGGUCGAUCCGCAAGGUGGCACUGGCUGGCGGACUGCAUUCUGUCAUGCUGGAGGCCAUGGCACGAUUUUCCAAUACCAUUGAUAUCAUGAUGAUGGGACAAGAAAUUCUAGCAGGAACCGACUACCGAGGGCAAGUGCCAGCAUACAUGCCCCAUUCACAAGAUGUGGCGACCUAAGAAAAAAACAUACAACGAUAGCUAGCAAGUCUAUUGAUUGGAAAACAGAACAACACAGAAUUGUUUGCCAUUUCAUAUUAUAUUAUAUUGUAGAUAGUUACGACAGAAUAUUGACCAACCCCACCGUGACCAGUCCAGCUGCGACGGCCAGCAUGGCCAUGCGAAUCGGAUCGGCACCUCCCAAUUCGGCAAUAUCCGACACGGCCAGUUCUCGAUUGUACCAUCCCACAAUGGCCAGUCGUUCGGAAUUGGUAUCGAGUACUUCGUGUGGUAUUUUGGCACUAUCAAACAAGACAAGUGUCCCUCCUUCCGGUGCAACGUCCAGAAAAUUGGGUUCUUCUCCCGCGGGCAAUUCGUCGCCGCCACUAUCCAUGUGCAUGCGUAAAUUGCCGGCAUCUUCCGGCGUCCAAUCUUGAUUGAGAUAGAGGAGUAGUGAAAAUGUCCGUAGGACGGAUGCCGAUCCUGAAAUGGCAUCGCGAUGACGACGAUAGAAUCCUCCCGUUGGAUAGUAGGCAUAGAGCAAUUCGGACAGAUUGUUGUCGAGACGAGGAGAUGCCAGCAGCGAUGCAUUGUCGGACAAUUGUUGACAGACUUGUUCCAAGACGGAAAUCAUAUUGGAUCGAGCCGCAUUGGAGGGCAGAUUCUCUCGUGUGGCGCCACCAAUAAAGCACGUUGACGCUUGUCGGAUUUGUUGGUUCAGAGUGUUGGUGGAAUCUUGUCCAAUUUUAGCGACCGAAAAGUGACCUUCGUCUCGCAAGGAUUUGACAUCUUGUCGUAAGGAUUCCUGCAGAUCCUUCGAUAGAAAAUUGGGAAUCACGACAUAAUCGUUGCGAGCCAAGUCUUGUAACUGUUGAUUGGUAAUAAUCACACCACCCGUGGGAGUGGCGCUAAUGGAUGCGGACAACGGCGGCAGCCUCUUACUAAUACUCGCCUGGUUGGGAACCACAAAGCAGGAGACACUGCCCACUGCCACCAAAAGAAACAACAGUCUCAUUAUUGGGAAUGAAAAUGAAAUUGAACAAAGAUACCCAAUAAUUGAUAACGAAGCAACAGCAACCAGCAAUAACGAUCUUUCGUGGAGAGCCAAAGUACGGCCAGUGACGAGAUAAGUCUUGUCUAUUAGUACUGAAAUUUUUAUAUGACAUGGUAGGACGAUAAUGUCUCUAAGUAAAAGCACCGUCAGUAC